GAACAUGAUGAACGAAGGAUGAUGAUGAUGAAGAAAGAGGAGAAGAAGAAAGUAGAAGAAAGAAGGGGGAGGAGGCGGGAAAAGAAGAGAAGGAAGAAAUAGAAGAAGAGGAAGAAGAAGGAGAAAGGGGAGGAGGAGGAAAAAGUAGAUGAAGGAAAGAAGAAGGGGAAUAGGGAAGAAGAAAGAAAAGAAAAACUUUAGGGGGGAAGAAAAAGGAAAGAUGUCAAGGAUGGUAGAUGAGAAGAUGUGAAGUGAGAAAAAAAUAUGGAGGAAAGCAGAAGUUACUUUUUUUACAGUCUUUCAUUUAUUAAAUGGGUUUAUCCCGUUUCAACUCGUAUUUUCCCACCUGCUCUUUCUUCCCACCUUUGGUCCGGCCCUAGAAACCAUUUACCUCAAUCAUAAAGAGAUUUUCCCUCUUCAUUUCUAUUAAUUAGGUCCCAUCAGUUGUUGUCAUGCAUUCUAAAGAUUAGUUUUAAUGAAAAGAGUUGAUUACCCUGCUUAACUGCAUAUCCGGGAUUAUUGGGUCCGCCUCGAUCACGCCCGUCGGUCUGUAUACGAUUUAUAUCUUUAUACAGAUCAGUGAACACGCUUCCAUACAGCUGACUACAAAUCUUUCGUCUUUACUCUUUUCCAGAAACCGGGGGACGGAGCUUACAUAAUAGGGACAUUCUUUUUCGUAGAAAAUGUAUUUGUCUAAACAAUAGCCGCUGGACCUAAAUAGCCUCCGUUUACCAUGUUCUGUGUAAACUGUAAGCCUUGAGAAUGAGGUUUCUCAGCCAGUGUUGACAAUGUGAUGGUUUCAGUCAAGCGCACGAGUUUCAAGUUCAUUCUACGAUUAGACUAGGACGAGAUACAACACACGCUCUGUCUUCGUUUAACUGUUGUAUGACCUAAGAAACCAAACUGAAGGUGUUGAGUGGGACCUGAAGGAUCUAAAUAUGGAUGUGGAUGUUGAAAAUGUAGACGUGGAUGCUACUCAGUUAUCGAAGUUGAAACUUUAUGUUUCGAGGUCUAAUGAAAAUAUUUCCGAGAACAGUUAUGACGGGACAGUGACUCCCCCGCCAUCUCCACUCGAUGUCCAUGGCGAUGUUGACUCCAGGCCUCCUCAUUCCUAUGUCAGGAUAGUUAUCAUGGCCCUGCUCGACUGUCCAGGUCGCGAGGCUACGAUCAGGGAGAUCUAUGACAUGAUCACGUUGAAGUUUCCAUACUACCAAGAGAAUCGUCUACACUGGAAGAAUUCCGUGCGCCACAACUUGACAGUGUUUAGUUGCUUCGAGCGAGUUGUGAGUAGUGCAGAUGACGGCUCAUCUUCCCGUAGCUCGAAUAGCUGGAGACUUGUUGGUAACUGGCAGUCAAUACUGGAAAAGGCAGAAUCCGCAAGUGUUCGGAAGAACAGAAUCUGUAAUUCAAGUAUCGUUGACGAGUUCACGAAGAAAAAGAAAAAGCAUCUCAAGCCAACACACAUUGGUAAAUUUGAUAGUGUUUCAAGGAGAGAGAAAGACCUAGCGAAGAAAAAGAAACGUGAAAAGGCGGCGAGGAAACUUAGGUUAGCAGCUGGGAUUCGAAGAAUCAACAGGGUGCCGCUAGGUAAUUUAAAUCAUCAUGAUCAGUCGGCUUCUCCUGCGAAUCUAUCGAAAGAACCACUUCCAUCCCGUAUGACCACACCACCUCCUCGACUCCCUGGUGUUGAAAACAUUUUCCUACCCUCACCUACCCCAAGCAUCUCACCAUUAAAAGAACCACUGAACAUUUGGGACGAUUCGCCCGACGAUUUGCAUCUUCUAUCCGUGCCCAACCUCUCUUUGAUUGAUGAGAUCACAGACAUCGUCUCUGCUGAUGAUGAGAUGACAGUAUCCCAUCUCGUAGCACAGACAGAUGCUUCGGACGUCAUAUCUCAGUAUGAAUCAGACAUUGAUGUGGCCAUCAAACGACAAUGUUCAUGGCAUCAGUUUACACCGGAGCAGAGUCCAGCUAAAGCAUGGACGGAGCUGACAAUGGCUGGCCUCACUGGGUAUGCUUCGUCUGCAAAGAGCAAAAACCUAUGGGAUCUAGUAGAUUCGAGAUUCAAUCCUGACCUUUCAGACUUGUAUAGCCUCAAUAACGAUUGGUCAUCAUCGAUGUCUCUAGAUGACUACGUGUUAGUUUUGUAAGAACAUAGCUGUUGAAUGAUGACAUUUGUUUGAGAAUGAUGUUUAUUUGUUGUAUGUACCAUUUUCAGUGUAAUUGUGCACCUGUUACAUUUAUGAAACGUAGGAUUGACCCAUAGUGAAAAGAAUUAUCCUUGUUUGGUAAUGAUGCUUCUUCAUCCUAUACUCAGCAACGCCCACUUCUGGAUACAACCUCGAGAAAGUAACAUAUCAUCAACCAAGAUAUUCGAAUGAUUGUGAUUAUUUUGUAAGGCUGAUAACCUAGCUGUAUUUAUGAUAGAAUCUGUCACUGUCAGCGUAAUUUCAUAAUACAAUGACCUCCACUUGUUUGCUUCUCUUGAAAAGAAAGUUUUGUUCCUCGACUUACUGAAAGUUUCAUCGUCGAUUGUUAUACUGUGUUUGUAUACUUGACCUAUAUUCCAAAUUAGUCAUGGUCAUGAAUGAUAGACAUAAUUGGACAGCAUGUUUUCCUCAAAUUGUUGAGAGUGUCACCAGUAUUGUAGUUUGACCCAACUUUCGUUUUAUGCUUGCCUGAACGUGUUUUUCAAAUUUAAAGUCAUUAUGAAUGUUACUCCAUAUGACAGUAUUAUUUUCAAUUCCACUUCCUCUGUUGAAGAUGAUAGAGAAAUACCUAUACCAAAAGAAAUCAAGUUUUCAUCCACAUGUGCGUGUGUUUCACACGAAAUAAUUGGGCUAUCAUAAUGAUAUAUGACGGUCUCUCAGUUUGUAAAUUCUCUAAGUAAAGUCAAUGAUCAUAUUCGUUAAACUGAUAUAAUUAUUAAAAAAGAGCAAAACAUAUUUAUCAAGUGUAAAUGUGUCGAUAUGCCUGAUUAUGACGUAAAUUUUAAAGAUAUUGAUUUUAUUUUUUUUAAUGCAUGAUGUUAAUAAAUUGCCUGAAAACAGCUA